GUUUUUGUACCGUUUUGUUAAUAAAAAGCUAAACGCCAGCUAAAAUGGAGUCCCAAGUGCGUCAGAACUACCACCGCGAGUGCGAGGCCGCCAUCAACCGGAUGGUCAACAUGGAGCUGUACGCUUCUUACACCUACACUUCUAUGGCCUUUUACUUCUCCCGUGACGAUAUGGCCCUUCCAGGCUUUGCCCAUUUCUUCAAGGAAAACAGUGAGGAGAGGGAGCAUGCUCAGAAGCUGCUGUCUUUCCAGAACAAAAGGGGAGGACGCAUCGUCCUGCAGGACGUCAAGAAACCAGAGCGUGAUGAGUGGGGGAGCGGGCUGGAGGCCAUGCAGUGCGCCCUGCAGCUGGAGAAGAAUGUCAACCAGGCUCUGCUGGACCUGCACAAACUGGCCUCUGACCAUGUAGACCCUCAUCUGUGUGACUUCCUGGAGACCCACUACCUGAACGACUAA